AUGAUUAGAACUUCGGCCGAUCAGUUCGUAGCUGAUAUUCGCAAACGUUUGCCCCACUAUGAAGCCAGCGAAGUUAUUAACACAGAUCAAAGUGGAAUCCAGUUCGAGUUACAGUCUACUCGAACAUUAAGCCACAAAGGGGAGAAAGUUACAGUUGGAUCUGUACGCUCUAUAAAUGCCACCACUCAUAGUUAUACUGUACAGCUAGCAAUCACACUCGACGGUCAUCUUCUUUCGCCGCUUUACUUCUCCUUGAAGGAGCCCAAAGAACCCAUGAACGAGAAUAUCCGCUUGCAUCAUUUCAAGGCGUCGAAUGCGGUGAUCAUCUGCAGUAGUUCUGGAAAGCUCACAACAUCUAUGGUUGAGUACUGGCGCGAUCAUGUGCUCCUGUCAUCACUAGAAAAACAUCAGAAGUUUCCACUCAUCUCGGACUGUUGGGGUGAACAGAAUGAUGGAAAGGGAUUAUACGAUCAUAUCCCCGGGUGCACAAGGCUUGAAAUACCAAAGAAAACGACGGAUUUGUCGCCGAUUAUACGAUCGCGGGCUGCUCGAUGA